CACUUCAUACAUCUUUCGUUCUUACCAUGGACAUUGUUAAGGAUGGGAUUGAUGAUGAAUUUAGAUUGUUUCUCAAGCUUUCUGAAACUGAUCCCUUUUUCGAAAAGAAGCAGAAAUUACUAGUGGCUAUGGGUUUCGACCCCAACAUUUCGCCGUGCGUUAAAAUCUCAUCUACUCCCGAUCAGCUGAAUGAUUUCUUAGAUGCAUUGGUUCGACGGGCAAGACUCGUGAACUUCAACGAGAUAGAACUAUAUUUCGGUGGAGAUGUAGUUAAUCUCAAAGAUUGUAAUAGCCCAAGGAAUGAAAUGGAAGCCCUCCAUUCGAUUCUUGAAGCCAUUGAUAAAUCGCCCUCCGCUGAAAAUUACGCUACGAAAAAUAUACAGCAAUGUUUACGAGAGGAAAUUGUUUUGAGGCUCGAUAAUGUCGGAGAAAAAAUUGAGGAGGAGACCGUAAUAAUUGGAGACUUCGGCUGUGACAAAGAAAAGGGUCUACUUGAAUGGGGUGUCGAAAAUGGUGUAAAGACGAAACUGGAUAUAGCUUGUGUUGAAGGAGCGGGUAGAGGGGCGAUAGCUAAAGAGGACUUACAAGUUGGAGAUAUUGCUAUGGAGAUUCCUGUAUCUAUUAUCAUAUCUGAGGAGCUUUUGUAUGAGUCUGAAAUGUUUCCGAUUUUGGAAAAAGUUGACGGGAUUUCUGAGGAGACAAUGCUGCUCUUGUGGAGCAUGAAGGAAAAGUACAACAAAGACUCCAAGUUCAAAUUGUAUUUCGACACUCUGCCCGAUGAUUUUCAGACCGGAUUGAGCUUUGGGAUUAGUGCUGUCAUGGCUUUAGAUGGAUCUUUGCUGUUAGAAGAGAUUAUGCAAGCCAAAGAGCACCUACGCACCCAAUACGACGAGUUAUUUCCAGCAUUGUCAAACUAUAAUCCUAAUAUAUUUCCGCCAGAGCUGUAUACAUGGGAGAAAUUCUUAUGGGCUUGUGAGCUUUGGUACUCAAAUAGCAUGAAAGUUAUCUUCACCGACGGAAAACUAAGAACAUGUUUAAUUCCUAUUGCUGGCUUUCUCAAUCACUCGAUAUGCCCACACAUAAUGAACUAUGGCAGAAUUGAUGCAAAGACAAAUUCGUUAAAAUUCCCUUUAUCAAGAAAAUGCGGUUUAGGGGAACAAUGCUUUCUUAGUUACGGAAACUUGUCCAGUUCUCAUCUAUUGACUUUCUAUGGCUUCUUACCGAAAGGCGAAAAUCCGUUUGAUGUUAUUCCACUCGAUUUUGAUAUUGCUCAAGAUGAAGAAUCCGAAUUUGGUGCAUCUGUGUGUGAAUGGAGCUCUCACAUGGUUCGUGGGACUUGGCUAUCGAAAAACCACGAGAUAUUUUAUUAUGGAUUGCCACCUCCAUUGUUGGAUCAUCUUCGAAAAGCUAGAAAUCCAGCCUGGCGGUCAAACGACCUUACACGGGAAAUCUUGGAAAAUGAAAUUGAUGUACUUGGAGAUUUGAGUUCUACUUUCGAAGGAAUGAUGGAAGCCCUCGGUGAUGAAGAACUUGAAGAGAGAGAAAACGAAAGUUGGGAUGUAAAGCUUGCAAUGGAGUUCAAAAUUUUGCAGAGGAGGAUUGUUUCAUCAAUCUUAACUUCAUGUAGUGCUGGCUCUGAUUUGUUACAGUCUGAAUUGCUCAAACUAGCACCAUAGUUUUUUUUAGUUUUUAUUCCAAAAAUAUAUAUAUAUAUAUGUUAAUUUUAUUUUUAAAAUUUGAUCAUGGGGUUGUAGUAAUAAAUUAUAAUGUGUGACAUAUGCUUCAAUUUUUGACUUGAUUUUGUUCAAUAUUCAAUGCAUAUAGAAUUUAAUUGUUGGGUGUUUGAAAUUUUUAGUAAUGUCAAUAAUGUGACACGAAUAUUUUUUUUUGGUAUGAAUUAAUGAAUUAAUUGUU